UCAUCGAUUGCCAGUUCUUUUUUUGAGCAGCACAUGUCUUUGUUGACUCUUUUCGGCGAAUAAUGUGAAGAGAUUAACUUGCUGACCUCUUCUAUGAUAGACAAAGCAAUAUGAAUAUCAGAUACCUCGAAGACGAAGGGGCUGAAAUUAAGGGUAGCAACAGGCAUAUUGACUCUGAUGAGGCUGGUCAAAUGGUUUCGCCAUCUUCCAGUUGGGAAAAAAAUUACACGUACUGUGGAUAUGACAGGAAUGGUGACGACUUUUAUGGCGCAGAUUCUUUGAACCUAGGUCAUUCCACUGUGACAUUGGACGAAGAAGGUGCGAUUGCUGUGGUUUCUCUGUGGGUGUAGGAUAUGUCGUGUGAUUAUGCAGGGGUGAAAUCUAAGACGAUAGCGCUAUUGACGUCAAUUCCGAAGUUUGGGGGUCUGACUCAAGCUUAAGAAGAUAUUUUUCGAUUCAAAACCAAUGGGGUAAGCUGUAUACUUCUGAAAAGGUUAGUCGGAAAAUUAUGCUCGACUCGAUGAUCAAGCUCUUGAAUACGAUCCUCGAGAGCGACUUGGAUUUGUUUAUGCAGUUUUUGCCGAAGAUUUUGUAUUUUUCCGUGGAGUCUCCUUUUUCGGACAUUGAGCACGCUUUGAAGGAGUUUUUGGAGGUCAAGGGGGAGGUGUUUAAGAGAGCGAAUAUUUUGAUUCCGGAGGUGUCAAAGCCGUCGCGUUACUUUGAGGACCAGAUCUUGCCUAUUGAAACGACGAUCGAGCCGCAGGCCAGCGUCUUCAAGGAGGUGUUUUUGACGGCAGGAAGAGUGACUCACUUGGAUAGGAUUCUCGCGUGGUAUCCCACGUAUUGGGUUGAUUCGGUCGCGAGUUUCAAUUACAUUAUGCGCGCAGAUGGACCGCUUCCUCACUACAUUCGCAAUUAUAUCGCGAUUCUUGCGUCCUCGCAGUUUAGGUGUUAUUACCUGGUUAUGCAACAAGAGCAGGAGUUCUUGAACAACCGGGGGAGCCCGGAAUGGCUGAAGUCGACGGAGAACUUGCCGCCGAAGCUGCGGAACCUGCUGGAGGUGAACGCCAUCUUGGCGCACCAGCCUUGGCUGAUAGAGCCGAGGCACAUUACCAACUUGAUUUGUCCGGAGGCUCCGGUCAGUCGAUGGAGCAUGGCGGAGCUCGUUCACGCCUUCGUCAUCAUGGCGACGUUUCGGACGUUAUCGAUUAUUGCGCUAGCUAUGGGCGUGAAUUUGGAGUUUGACUUGCUAAUGAACGCCAAGGCCAACCCAGAGUAUUUGACAGUGGAGCCCGGACCGGAGGCCGAGAUCGCUGACGACCAGCAGAACGGAAGGGCCUGUCAACUGGCGCAGGAUUUGAGCAGUAGCGAGAGAAAGGGUCUCGGCCCCGAGGCGGUCGACGGUACGACUCCUUCUCACUAUUCGGAGGAGCACCGCGUCGCCAGCCAGAAAGGAAGCGUCGAGAAAUCGAAGAGGCCGGACGCGGGUAGCUCGAAUGAGUCAAAACCGUCCCAAGAAAACUGGGGCGGGCUCAAGAAAUACCUGGGAUCUCACACGAUGGAAUACCGAGAUUUUGAUGUGCACAGCAAAGACUAUAGUAUUUUUCACAUUCAAGAUUACAAUUGGGAAGAGCAGGGAUACGAGCUUUUGCAGCAUUACUACGGGGGUGCUUCCUUGCUCGACAAGCAAUUCACAACCGUCGCCGAGCUGAAAGAUCAGCCCAUCGACGAGUUGUUGGACGACUGCGCCGACCUAGCACCCAUUCGAAGAUCGGUUUGGCACUACGCUCAGCGACUGCAGGGACUGCUUCAGGACGAUUACAAUUACGCCGAAGUGAACUCCGUAAUGGGCAUCAGGCUGAAAACGUUCGUGAAGCACCUAGUAUGCAUGCCAUACAAUUUGAUAGAGCAAAAAGAGCUUAUUUGUAAUUUUAAUUUGAGCCCGAAAAAAAAAUGUUAUUUAGUACUGCUAGCGGCAGAAGCAAGGAAAAAAUCGGAGCUGAUCUACGCGUUUCAUGCGAUCACUAAAAAUAUGGCCCUCAGAGAGGGAGGCAUCUGACCCUUUAUGACAGAAGUGUGUACCAUGUAUAAAAUACAAUCUCGACUCUUUUUUUUUUUAUUUUAA